AUGUAUCGUCGGAGGACGCCCAAUACCGGCAACCACGGAAUCACGAGUGAAUCCUCUUGUACCUCUCCUAUCGAUACCGACAAUGAUAGACCGUUCGAGCCCGAUUCCUCUGAGACCGAUCUCACCGAGCCGGAGCGCUCCCCUCCAGCGGGUCGAACGAUUGCUCGGAAAAAGCCAAGCCCAAAGACUGGAACAAAAUCGUUACCAACAGACCUGUCGAAUGUGGAACGUGUCCACCAGGCCCGAUACCAAGUCCCCGAUGAUGAUACGGAUGAGGACCUGGCCCUAGUGCCAGAGGAUUACGGCCGAUCCAAUAAUACGAAGAAGUUGAAACGUCGACUGAAAGAGCGUUGGGCUUGGUACUGCCAAAUGAAAGCAAUGGAACCAUCCACUAAUCACAAGUGGGGGGUGGCGGAGGAUGCACUGCGUGAAGCGUCUCCAAAUGACAUGCAUCGAUUCCUUAAUUGGUGUCUGAAGCUGGAGUACAGUCCCGAUGGUCGCCGCCAGAAAAGCUAUACAAAGGCCAGCGCCCUUGAAGCGGAUUGGAAGUACUUCCGAAUUUACUACCAGCGAGUUACCGAAAACGAGAUGAGUAAAGAGAUGGGUGAGGCCGUUCGCACGGGUAUGAGAUACUUGGUGGAUAAGCGCGGUCUCGACAAACAACCGCGGGCAAAUGUCCCAGUAUAUAUUGAAGAUAUGAUUCCAUUCAAUGAGACAAUCCUUCAAACCCGGGAAAAGCGAUUUCACUUGGGGUUUCAGCGCAUUAUCCUAUGCCUAUACAACACAGUUGGGUUAUUUACCAUCAAUCGAAAACAGGCGAUGCUUGACCUUCAGUUCAAGCAUCUACAAAUAUCGCUCCAGCAGGACCCGCACGGGGGACCUCCGAAGCCGAUGAUCGAACUCGAGCCCCAGUUUGUGAAAAGCGUCCUGGGCAUGUCGAAGCUAAACACGUUCGCGCUACCUGAAAUUGUCUACGGCGUGUCACUUGUCUUCAGCCCGCAUGUCCUACUCUUCAUCAUAUUAUUUUAUGUUCAUGCCUUUGAAGCGCCUCACUUAACAUCGAUGCAAGACCUUCGGAGACUGCUUGUCGAGGGUGGUCGACAGGAAAUGCUCCUUCCCUUGAAGAAAGAGAUGGAUAAUUACUAUGUCUUCCCGAAGGUCGAGGUGAUCUGUGGCCAGCCCCGCAUUUUGUGGGAGACGCCCAUGAAUGGAAGCACACUCGACGCACAGCUCAGGACAUUCAGUGAGAUACACGGCUUCCUUAAUCAUUUCUUCUCUCACCAAUUUCGAUACGGAGGAGGUGAUCUACUUGACAAGAGUGGUUUCGUCAGUGAAGCUCAGCGUAAUGUGAUCAUGGCCCACGCCACCAGCAGAACGUUCAUCAAACACUAUCGUCCCCGUCGGCAUACUGGCUUACAAGAGAUCAUGUGCGGCCUCAAUCCAGACGAAGAGUUCUCCAAGGCUGUGACCCGGAUGAGCCGUUGGAUUGAUCGGCGGCGACCACGAUACCUGAGCGACGCUGAUCGGGAAUCAGUGGAGAAAGACCCAGAACUGCACAUUGGGACGAUGCUGGAGGACCAGAAGCGUCACGUCCACAAUCUGCGCCGGCGUCUGCAAGACAAACGGCGGAAAGAAACACGCCGCGAUUUCAGUCGGAAACAGGCGGUGAUUGACAUUGAAAGACAGCUGACUGGUGGGGCUGUCAGUGAUGAGCCUGCGCGCGAGGUCUUACGAAAAGAGUUUGAAAUGCCAUCGGAGCAGAUUCUUCUCGUGGAGACUUUCUUUACUUGGCCCACCACCGAUUCAUUAGAAGACGAGUGGACGCGACGCAACAAAGCGGUUGCUGCCGGAAUACAAUAUUGCGGCUUUCAGGAGGGUGGGCCCCUUCGUGGACGGCGGAAGCGCUCUGCCCCGUCCGACAAUGAGGAUGGGGUUCCUUCUCCGCCAGCUCGAAAGAUGAAGGCUGAUACGCCGCUGAAUACGUCGUGGGAGAAGGGAUGUACCUCUGGCGGGAAACAUAUCCCGAAUGCAGAGCAUACAUUCGCAUGCUUCCAAUGCCCCAAGGCAUACUCUGACUAUAAUGGAGUGAAGAGGCAUUUUAAGACGUCACAUUUGACGGACCGGAAAUGUAAUUUUUGCGAUUUGUCCGUCUUGCACGAGAUGCACUUGCGGAGGCAUGCCCAAGAAGUCCAUGGCCUUCGAACAUGA